AUGCAAGCUUAUCCUUUACUUUUUUUUAGAGCUAGAGCGUACCGCUAUUUUAAUAAUAAGGAAAAGUUUAUGGAUGAAGUAAUCGGAGUGACAAAUGGUUACGGUUGCAGAAACCGGAGAAAGUCGAGAACCGUCGGUUACCUUUUGAAUCAAAGUAGCGACAAGCCGAGUACUACGACUACAGGGGGGAAGCUUUGCUUCGUAGACAGCUUCGCUUCCUCGUCGCUUCUUUCUGGCGACUAG